AUGGCUGAUAUGACCAAGGUGUUUACCAAGGACGCUUGUCCUCCCAUCAAAGCCAAUGGCCAAAUCUACGUUUCCGGCCAAAUCCCCGCUGACAGCAACGGCGACCUCAUCGACGGCUCCGUGGCCCAGAAAACCGAACAAUGUUGCAAGAAUGUUGUUGCCGUCCUGGCCGCUGCCGGAUCGUCGAUCGAGAAGGUCGUCAAGGUCAAUGUCUUCCUCAUCGACAUGGGCGACUUCGCUGAGAUGAACGGCGUGUUUGAGAAGUAUUUCGCGCAUAAGCCUGCUCGCAGCUGUGUCGCUGUGCACCAACUUCCAAAGGGAGUUCCUGUCGAGAUCGAAUGUAUCGCGUUGGCGUAA